GGUGGGGCCGCCUGUCUGCGGCGCCCGGCGCUGCUGGGCGAGGUCAGGGAAAGUCCAUGUGAGGAGCCGCUGGAAUCACUUCCUGCUGCCGCCGCCGGGACCGCCGACACCGCCGGCACCGCCGCCUCUAGGCCGAGCAGCGCCGCACCGAGCGUCCAUGGGGCCGGAGCCCCGCAGAUGUGCCCUACUUUGGAUACCCCUGCAUUGAAUGCCUGAGGAGCUCCGGCGGAUCCUGAGCCAUGUCGCAGAUGUUGCACAUAGAGAUUCCCAACUUUGGGAACACCGUGCUGGGCUGCCUGAACGAGCAGCGCCUGCUGGGGCUGUACUGCGAUGUCUCCAUCGUGGUGAAGGGCCAGGCCUUCAAGGCACACCGUGCCGUGCUGGCUGCCAGCAGCCUCUACUUCCGAGACUUGUUCAGCGGGAACAGCAAAAAUGCCUUUGAGCUGCCGGGGACGGUGCCCCCUGCUUGCUUCCAGCAGAUCCUCUCCUUUUGCUACACCGGCAAGCUCACCAUGGCGGCCAGCGAGCAGCUGGUGGUGAUGUACACGGCGGGCUUCCUGCAGAUCCAGCACAUCGUGGAGAAGGGGACAGACUUGAUGUUCAAGGUGAGCUCGCCCCACUGUGACUCUCAGACCGCCAUGAUCGAAGACCCCUCCUCAGAACCGCAGAGCCCCUGCAACCAGCUGCAGUCGGCCUCGGCGCCCUACGUCAUGUCCCCCUCCAUGCCCAUCCCUCUCCUCACCCGUGUCAAGCACGAGAGCCUGGAGCUGCCACCAGCCGCCGUGCCAGGCCUACCUGCCAAGCGGCCCCUGGAGCCAGGCGCACGCGAUGGCCCCGCAGGAGCAGGUCCUGCUGCCGGCCCGCUGAAGCUGUCGCGUGUCUCCUACUAUGGGGUGCCCAACCUGGCCUCCCUCCUGCCCACCGUGCAGCAGGUGCAGUACUCGCAGGGGGAGCGCACCAGCCCCGGCGCCAGCAGCAUUCCCACCACUGACAGCCCCACGUCCUACCAUAACGAGGAGGAUGAGGAGGACGACGAGGCGUACGACACCAUGGUGGAGGAGCAGUACGGGCAGAUGUACAUCAAGUCCUCAGGAGGCUAUUCUGUUGCACAAGAAAAGCCGGAGCAGAUCCCGCUGGAGAACCGCUCCUGUGUCCUCAUCCGCCGGGAUCUGGUUGCCCUUCCAGCCAGUCUCAUCAGCCAGAUCGGGUACCGCUGCCACCCAAAGCUCUACUCCGAGGGGGACCCAGGGGAGAAGCUGGAGCUCGUUGCAGGCUCAGGUGUUUACAUCACACGGGGGCAGCUGAUGAAUUGCCACUUAUGUGCCGGUGUCAAACACAAAGUGCUCCUGAGACGUCUCCUGGCCACGUUCUUCGAUCGGAACACCCUUGCCAACAGCUGCGGAACCGGAAUCCGCUCCUCUACGAGUGACCCCAGCAGGAAACCUCUGGACAGCAGAGUCCUGAACGCCGUGAAACUGUAUUGUCAGAAUUUUGCCCCAAGCUUUAAGGAAAGCGAGAUGAAUGUCAUAGCAGCUGAUAUGUGCACCAAUGCCCGCCGGGUCCGCAAGCGUUGGCUCCCGAAGAUCAAAUCCAUGCUGCCCGAGGGGAUGGAGAUGUACCGCACCGUGAUGGGCUCCACCACAAACAGCGUCCCUCUGGAUCCAGAAUUCCAGCCCAGCUCUGCUCAGGUCUUUGAGCAGCAAAUCUAUGCAGAAAGGAGGAGCGAUUCAGGAACUAUAGUAGCAUUAAGAACUAACACAGUGAGCGUCGAUCUGAGCAAUGGAUCCAGCCAGUCCUUCGAACAGAGCGAGGAUGCCGAGGGCGCCGGCUCUGUCAUACAGGAGGCGGCUGCCACGGAUGCCAUGGCAUCGGAUACCCAAAGCACUCCCCAACCUUUUGAACAGGGCUCGGGCCCCUCCAGCCGGCCCGAAACUCCGGUGAGAAGACCGGAUGGCACUUAUGGAGGGACUUUAUAGAGAGAGCAAACGUUUUGUGACCUAUAAGGGAUCUGUAAUACUAAAGCUGCUUGCAUGCAUUACUAAUACGAAACAAAAAUGUGAUCAAGCCACUUACCUACUGAACUGCUACUGUUGCCUGAAAAAAAUGUGAUUUUUAUUCUGCUUGUAUUUAAAAUUGAUGAAGGAAAUAAUCGCAUUCGUUAUACUGUAAACGAUAGGUCUGUGGCGACCUACUUUAAAAAAAGAGAAAACUCUUGGGCUCCUUUUUUUGAUACCCCUGAGGUUAGUCUGUGCGAUUGUAGCUUUUUUGGGUCUUUUUUUUUGUUUCCUUUAUUAUUAUUUUGGUUUUAUCUUCUAUUUUUUCUUUUUUUCUUUUUUUUUUUAAAGAAGGGGAGGAGAAAAACUCGACAACCCCCCCACCCCCCCCAUCACCACCCAUCCAUUCCUCAGCUUGGAGGUAAAGCCAUCGCUCACCUUGUCCUUAGCAGUGAGUUGUGCAUCUUGGAGCGCUGGGGUUUGGUUUGCUGGGGUGCGUGGCACAGGGUGGGGGAAACUGCUCCAUGCUUCUGUUGGUGGAAGGUCAGUGGGAUGCAGGAUGUGUGAUGCAGGAUGCAGGAUGUGGCUGUUCCUCUCGGUGUUGCCCCUCUCGGUGCCACCAGGCGCUGGGUUGGUUCCUCUCCCCCUCCUGCUCUGAGCUGCUCCGCUGCGUUGGGUUCUCCUCGCCCCUGCACCCACUUCUGUGCCUGAAGCAGAUUAGGUGCAUAAAAGCUGUUUUCUUCUUUUGUUCUUUUAUUUUUAAUUGCAAGCAAAGAGCUUUGUACCCCUCUUUGGUCUUUGUCUCAUCCUGCUGGGAAGAAGCCUUCACACCUGUCUACCCGUUGCCCAUCCCAGGCUGUUGUCCUCGGGGCACAGCAAUGGAGCUGCGGUGGGUUUGGCUCAGCAGGACGUGCUCAGCUCAGUGCUGGGGAUGGAGGUGUGCAGUGCUGGGCGUGGGGCAGGCCUGGCAUUGCUGAGAAUGGCUGCUUUUGCUUUCAUUUCUAAUUGUUACUAUGACGGAAGGGCCUGCGUUGAGGUACUUAGGGUGUCCGGGUCUUCAGAUGAGUGCACCACAGGUGGUCGCUUUGGGCUCCCAGGGCCCUUUCUUUCUUUCCCAGUUUGGUUCCUGAAUCCAGGCAGCGCUUUGCUCAGGGUUUCUUUCUGUCUCUGUGUUGAAGGGGAGGGGCGAGAGGCUGACCCAGCCUUUGGCCACGUGUUUUGUUUUCUUUGAUACUUGAAGCUGUUUUUUGGCACCGUGAUUACGAAGCUGUCCGGCACUUGGCGUGUUCUGCUGUUCUUUGUCCUGAGACCAAGAAAUGCCGGGCUCCUCUCUGCCCCCCACACUGGAUAGCACACGGGGCAGCCCCUGCCCCAGCCCCAGUGGCAAUGGAUGUGAUAUGGAGGGCACAGGACUGCCACUGCCCCAGCCCCAUUUGCACUUUACCCACAUGCACCAACACCCACUCCUCCCGACACAUGGUGCUGCCCCAGCCCAGCAUGGCGCUGUGAUUCGGGCUUCCCCUCCCAUCCUCCCCAUGGAGCUGAGGGUCCCGCAGCCCAGGGGUGCCCCGUUGCCCUCUGAUGUCCCCCCAGUGUUGCUGGCUGCCCAGCAUGGGGCUGAGCAUCCCCACUGUGCCCCUGUGUGGAGCACUGCGGGGUCUCCUCUUCCUCCCCCCUUUGGAUGGGGCUGCAUGGGCUCCCUGCUGGCUCGAGAAGCCCCGAGCGGAGUGCUCCCAGACAGCACCAGGGACAGGAGCAGCAGCAGCAGUACUUGAAUGGCUUAGGGCAGAGAGUCUGAAGAGAGUCGAGUUGCACAGUGAAAAUAUAUAUUUUUAUACCUAGCACAACUUCCUUGUAUAUUUUUGGGGUUCUUUUAUUGUUUGGUUUUUUUUUUUUCCUUUUAUUUUUUCUUUUUCCUUUCCUUUUUUGUUUUGGUUCUUCUUCGAUCUGGGUUCGUUUUAUUACUUCUUCUUAUUACUAGGAAGGCAAACUUCUAAAAUGUGAAGGGCGUUGGGUUUCUCCUUAUCUGGUAGAUGAGGGCAAGCAUUUUGCACUAAUGUUUCCUGUGUGUGGAGGAUUCAUGGUAUGUUUGGAACAUGUUACGUGGAUAAUGAUUGUAUUCUUCCGACAAACACAACCAAGUUCCCCCUUUGAAAUACUGAAUGUAAAUGAGAACAGAGCAGUCCAUCGAUUGUAUGCGGCUUUCCUGAGUGCCUUAGAAUCUCUUGAUCUCUUUUGUUCCUUCUUUUGUUGUCGGUUUGGUUUGGUUUGGGUUUUUGUUGGGUUUUCUUUUUUCUUUUCCAAGGAAAACAGAUGGAGAGAAUCAGCUCAUAACCACCUCCUUCCUCCUCUUUGUUUACGACACUAUUUUAAAUUAUAGAAUUCGGGGCUGCUUUAUAAUGUGAAUAGGAAACUGCGUUCAUCUAGGUCUGAUAGUGUAAAAUCAGAGCAUCAGUAUUUAUGGUAUGUCUGCACCUUUAUUCCUAUGCUUGACUAUUAGCAAUAUUACAUGUAUAUUAUAUAUCUAAAGUUAUACCAAGCACCUUUAAAAAAAUCAGAGCGCGUGCUCCGUGCAGUCCCCACAUCCCUACAUCUCCAUAUCCAUGCAUCCCUAUAUCCUGACAUCCCUACAUCACCGCAUCCCUAUAUCACCGUAUCUCCACAUCCCUGUAUCCUCAUAUCCCCACAUAUCUCCUUAUCCCCACACCCCCAUUUCCCAGCUCCCAGCAGCUGUAGGACCCUCCUCCUCCCAGCUGUGUCCCGGCAGCAGCGGGUGCCGUCCCCAUCCCACUAUGGGGUGCACAUGGACCGGUGGCCUCAUGGAGCCACCGGAGCAGGGAUCGAUGCCUUUCCUGAUCGUUUUCCUGCUAAGCUUAUGUUGGGAUUGCUUAUAUUUACAGAAAUAACUUGCUGUGAGCGGAGAAGGGUGUAUGGCCCAUUAACCAACCCAAAACCCAGAGCCUCUGGCCGGCUAUAAAUCCUAAAGGCGGCACAGAGAACUCACGUCUCUUCUGGGGCUCCAACUGCUGUUUAGAAGUGUUCCUGCUGUAUAGAUGUGUCACGUUGUCAGCCUAGGGCUCGGGGCCACCCCAAAGCCAGGGCUGUCAGGAGCUCCGUGCACCGAUAGGGCUGUGCCAUGAGUUUCUUCCACUGUUAUAGAAGCGUUUUGCACACCAAGGUUGGUUUUUAUGUCGAAAUUAAGAAAAAAGAAAAAAAAAAGAAAUAAUAAUAAUAAUAAUAAAAAUAAUAAUAAUAAAUAUAUAUAUAUAUUAAAAAGAAAAGAAAACAAAGCCAAAACUCGCAAUACUGUUUUUAGCAGACGGAAUAAAUCCACGAACAAAUAACGAGAUGAAAGGAACGAAUGAGUGGGUGGAAAACGACGCCGUAGGGAAAGGCUCCAAACUGUCCUUUGGGGCAGGGGGCGUUGGGUUGGGUCAGAGUGCUGACCCAACUUGGGCUGCUUCAGGGGAAGGCAAAAUGAAGGGUUGAGUGGUGCCGUUGUUUUGGAGGCGGCUCCGGCGCUGUGCGCAGUACUGUGACUCCACGACUGUUAUCCCUGUGUGUGCUGUAGGACAGCCCCGCAGUACCGCUGAGCUCCGGCUCUCAGCCACGGACGAUGCUCGCUUCGUCUUGGUUCUUUUUGAUUUUGACUUUGAUCGCGCAUUAUUCACCGGUAUUUAUGUGCUCUUUACUCUGUGUAGUUCUGACUGUUAUUUUGUAGCCACGGCUGAUGCCAUAUAGAGGUAACUAAAACCAGAAAUAAAAGGUUAAGGACAAACCCCAUCCCCCCCUCCCUUUACCCCUCACCCUCUAUCGGAUCUGUGCUCACAGCUGUUUUCAGACGACGGAAAAUCCAUUUAAGAGGAACGAAUUUCGCGGCCGGUGCGACCAUGAAUUGUACAACGCUUUGUAAAGUUCACAUUUACAGAAUAAUAAAGGAAAUGAUGAUUACA